UCUGCGUUCAAAAAUUUGUAGUUGUUGCGGAAAUAAUUUUGUGUACCGUUGGCAACCAACUUACAUGGAGAAAAGAAGCGUAUUCUGGUGUUUCAGGAAAAAAGUAAUACGAUGGUAAAGCAAGGGAUCAAAAUUUUCUGCCGAAUAAAACCAACCAAGGCAAAAACAGGGCUCUAUGAGGUUGAUGAAGAUGAAGAUGAAGAGCCAACAAGGCUCUCGUUUGUAGUUCCUAGAGACCAGGCCUCGGGAUUUAUCAACAAUAAGAAAGAGGAGUACGCUUUUCGAUUUGAGAAGGUGUUUGAGCAGAAGACAAAACAAGAUGAGAUCUUUGAAUACGUGGCCAGAGAUGUUGUGGACAAUGCCCUCAUGGGAUACAAUGGAACAAUAUUUGCAUAUGGUCAAACUGGAAGUGGGAAAACAUUCACUAUAACUGGAGGAGCAGAACGCUAUGUUGACAGAGGCAUAAUACCCCGUACACUCUCCUAUCUGUUUGAGCAAUAUGCAAAGAAUCCAGAAUAUGUAUACACAACACAUAUAUCAUACUUGGAACUGUACAAUGAGAGUGGUUAUGACCUUCUGGAUCCCAAACAUGAAGCAGCUAAAUUGGAAGACUUACCGAAGGUGACAUUAAUGGAAGAUAGUGAGGGAAACACUCAGAUGAAGAAUAUCAUGACCCACCAGGCAUCCAAUGAAGAAGAGGCUCUCAACUGGCUCUUCUUAGGAGAUACAAACAGGAUGAUUGCGGAGACUCCAAUGAACCAAGCCUCGACCAGAUCUCAUUGCAUUUUCACCAUUCAUCUUUCAAUACGUGCAGCGGGGUCAGCCACCCUGCGGAGGUCAAAGGUACAUCUCGUUGAUUUGGCUGGAUCAGAGAGAGUUGCAAAGACGGGAGUGGGAGGAAAUCUUCUGAAGGAAGCCAAGUAUAUUAAUUUAUCUCUUCACUAUCUAGAACAGGUAAUUGUCGCUUUGUCUGAGAAGUCCCGUACCCACAUUCCCUAUCGGAACUCAAUGAUGACUGCUGUGUUGAGGGAUAGUCUUGGUGGGAACUGCAUGACGACCAUGAUAGCCACAUGCUCUGUGGAGAAGAAGAACAUUGAUGAAUCCAUAUCAACAUGUCGUUUUGCUCAACGUGUAGCCUUGAUAAAGAAUGAUGCUGUUCUGAAUGAAGAACUUGAUCCUAAAUUGAUGAUUGCAAAAUUAAAGAUGGAGAUCUCUGAUCUCAGGAACCAGCUAGCUAUGACCUCAGGAGAACAGUCAAUGGAAGAACUGACACAAGAAGAUAUUGAAAGAUUACAGGAGAAGGUUGCUGCAUACAUAGAGAAUACUGACCCUGAAUCUCAAUUGAAUGUUGGAGCUGAUAUGAGGAAAAUCAAUGAAUGUUUCAGAAUAUUGAAGCGAUAUUCACAAGGCAAGACCAUCUCAUCUUCAUCAGAAUCCUCACCUCAGAAACAUCAAGAGGAGAGAUCGUCUAGACCCGAUGACACCCCACCCCCAAGUUAUACCCCUGAUACCAGCUACAUGGCAGGAGCGGAGGUCAAGAAACUCCAGGGCAUGGUGCAACAGAGAGAUAAUGAAAUCAACAUCUUGGUUAACAUGCUGAAGAAAGAGAAGAAGAGAGCUCAAGAUGCUAUGAAGCAGGCAUCAGUGGGAGGAGACGGGACAGCUAGGCACCAUCCAACCAAUAGCAGGUCUGCAUCAGAAGAAGACACGCCCCAUAGCAGACAUCACACCACCGGUAGUAGCCAAUCACAGAGCAGCUAUGGGAAUAGGGCAGGUCACUCAGAGGAAGAGGAAGGGGAAAGUAGCCACCUCCACAGACCCAAGAGCUCAAGGAGAAUUUUAGGGGAUAUGACUGUUGGGAGGCAGGAAGCGUUUGAGAUCUUCAGACGGGACUAUGAGCACAACCUUACCAUUGAGGAAAACAAACAUCAGCUAAAAGAGAGAUAUGGAGCAGCCAAAUCAUAUGGACAGGAGGUCAAUGAUUGCAGGCAGAAAAUCAAUAAAGUAAAGCGUCAGAUAGAGCAUCGUAGGAUGCAGCUUGCCAUGGCAGGUGACAUUGUGGCUGAAGAGGAGGAUGAGGUAGAAGCAAACCUGAGGAUACAAUUGGAAGAUGAGAAAACAAGGUAUAAAGAUGUUUUUAAUCACCUCCGUGGCAUGAAGACUGAGAUAGAGCACUUACAGCACCUUCUAGAAAGAUCUAGGCUUCAGCUCCAGAAAGAUUUUGAGGUUUGGUGGGCAGAGCAGUCAGCUUCUGUCCAGAAUCAGGCAGCCCCUUCACCUCACCGGCCUCCAAGCAACCCUUCCAAGGCGUGGCGCACCCCUCCCGUCUCGCCUAUCAAAGGACAACAAGAGGAUCAUACUAACAGCAUCCACCACUCAUCAUCAUCAUCUUCCUCAUUGACAUCUCAUCCCCAUGGCAACAGCCAUGCCCUCAUAGACCCUUCCAGUUACCGCAAUAAGACAAACCACCACCACCAUCACCAUCAGGAUAAGGGUCACCAUGAACAUCGAAGCAGCCACCAGGACAACAAUCCGGAAGACCACCAGAGACAUCAUAGACCACACUCAGCCACUCACAGGAAUGCACUUCUUCAGGGGCUCAGUCAGAACCAGCAAGGUUUGGACUUCAGUAGGAGGCCCCCUGUUCCACCAGUAGGGAAGUCCAGUUCAGCAGAAGAUAGGAUACGAAGGGGUGGGGGAGAGAGUGGAUCGGGAGAGGCUGAAAGUGGCAGGCAGCAAAGGUCUAAUUCACAGGGUAAUUCCAGCAGUCUGAAACUGACUGGUGACAAGAGGGCUGAUGCAGAUAUUAUGGCUUUCAUCAAAGCAAGACAGAGUUUGCUACAACAAAAAGGGCAAGCACCAAGGUAGCAUCUAUUGAUACUGAGUGUGUCCUGUUUGGCAUGCUGUAUGUUCCAGAGUUUGGAGAGCAACAGAACCCACCUACAUGUGGCUUCAGUAGCAUCUAGGAAAAGGUCAUGGCUGAAUUGUGUCAAUGCUUCUACUUGCUUGAAUCAGGUUGUGAGUCCUGUUCCAGUUCUAGGGCCACAAAACACAAAGCUUAACAAUCGAUCAUACAGUUGAUUUGUAUGUUUGAUUUCACAUUAUGAUCAAAGUCAUCAAGAAUGAGAACUGGUCCUAUGAUCAAGCGCUAAGCUUUUUGAUACAGGACUCAGGUGUCCUUUGAUUAGAGAUGAGUCAAUGCUUUUCCUCUCCUCUAAGGUGUCCAGUCGGUACCUGUAACGCUGUGAAAAACAAAUAGAAGUGUAUUUAGCAAUUUCAGCUGGGGAGCUCUUAGUCAAAUGCUCCUCAAUGCUAAAGGUAAUGUUUGAUCUCUUCCCACAUAGUCUAAUCAUGGUAUGUCUACAACCAUUUCAUUGACUAAUUCUUUGGUCUAAUUGCCAUUUAGCUUAUUAAACACUUGAUCUAAUUAAAUUCCUGUUAGGCUAUAAUAUUUCAUUUGAUAUCCACUUGGAAUAACAAUACUGAUUAGAUGAACUGUGUAUGAACCAAAUUUUCUUUCCAAAAUGUGCAAAAUGAUUAGUAGACAUAGUGAAAAUUAAAUCAAUCUGUGCAUUCGACAAAAUGAUAGUUUGACCAAGUAAUGGUUGGAUCAAGCAGUAAUGAAACCAAAUUGAUAGUAAACCAGGUGCAUUUCAGAAUAGACUUUUUCUAGAUAGAUGGUGCUAUAUAUAUUCCUAUUAUCAUUGUUGCUAUUAUUAAUUAUUAUGAUCAUUAAUUAUAUCAAUAAUUAUCAUUAAUGAUUAUAAUAAUUUUAUCAUUAUUAUGAUGGUGUUAUACAAGCUGAGAAUGAGACCAUCUGCUUGCAGACCCAGUAAAUACGAACUACUAAAAACGAAUGCCCCUUGUCCAAAGUCAUAAUUGCAUUUUUCCCAUAGGAAUCCCACAAUUGGCUUUUUGUCACCAAUCCUCAUAUUUCAACUUAGAGAAAAUGGUGGGAAAGCCUUUAUGAAAAGAUGCAUGGCGUCUCUAUAGUUGGGUUCUUGUUAAAAGACUUAUGAAAAGUUUCCUGACAGACUCCUGCGCUUCCUAUCCAGUCAAAGUCAUGGACAGCUGUCAGAUCUGAUAUUUUUUGCAUGACAAUUCCCCCCUCCCCCGAUAAUAAGACUGACAACUGUAGGAAAAUGUAAUGAACAAACAGAAGGAAUGUGAUUAAUGACAAAAAAUUUCUUUCAUGUGAACAACAGAGCAAAUGUGAUUUUGCCAUACUGUAUUGUGAGAUAUUGAAAUGGACAAUGGUUUUCUUAUGCAUGUAAAGCAUUGCAAAAUUUUAACCAUAAUGUGCAAUAAUUGUGUGGUGUGAUGAAUUUAUGAUGAUAUUUAAUUGAUUUUCCAGCAAAGGAAGGGAUAUGAAUUUGUGAAGCAUUUGUAACUCAUUUCUUGUGCAAAACUAAUACAUAAUAAGGGCAGUUCCUUAUAUUAUUUACUUUCAAUCCCUUUAUGUGGGACCUUUGGUUUGUCUCUUUUCUAGUUCAUUUAAAAGUUUGUGAUGCUUUCAAUUUAUCAUGGUUUGAAAACUUGUGAAUUGAAGUUAGAAUGUAAGAAAUGGGUGUCAGGCAUGCAAAACGCUUUAUUACUUGAGGAAUUGCCCAUAAACAACAGAACAGUAAUGAUGUCUAGGAAUUAUUUCUAUCCUUCGGGUAUAGGGUAUUCAUAGAUUGCUUUUAAUCAUUUUAAGUCUUAUGAAAUAAAAUCUUGUGUAGGAAAAAACUUGGCAAUUUCAAGUUUGGUUUUGGUACUGGUAUUGGAAGUACAAUUCAGAUUCAUGUAAUAUUUUCUAGCUCCAAACCAUAACAUUAGUUUUGAAACAAUUGUGACUCUUCAAUAUACAGUGAGAUUCAUCCCAGGGGUCUGUUUCAUGAACUUGUUAUAAUAACCAAAUUACAAUAAUAGUUUAAGCUACUGAAAUCCUUUAAUUUGAUUGGCUGAUAGUAAACUUAUUAAAGAAAUUGUCCUUUUGUUAUUAUUUCAAGUCUAUAUGAAAUGGGAGGCAGGACCAGCUUCACUUUAAUUUUGGUGCCCGUGCUGAUGUGAAAAUACCCAACACCAACACCAAAAUAGUCAACACUGAACUAGGAAUUUGUUUCUAAUUUGGAGGUUUCUAUGUCAUUUGUUCUGGCAAAACAUCUGUAAAAUCUGCACACUAAGCCUACUCUAAUCCUAACCUUAAUCCCAAUCCUCACAGAAUUCCAAACGAAAUACAUGUACCCUGUUGUAACCUUUACCCUUACCACAAGUUCUUCAGAGAAACCAAGGCAAAAGUAAAUUUUACUGUAGUAUGUGUUUGUGUUUUUCACUAACUUGAACCAAUAGAUCUGUUUUCAAAGCAUGCAAAAUUUAUGUACCGGGUAUACACUUUUGUGAAAGGUUGUUGCCAAGGGGCUAUACUCUCACCUGAUGUGGCAACAGAUAAUGUAAUUUUAGUUUUUUACUUCAUAAAUGGGUAAAGGUAACAUUUAUUCAUAAGGUCACUAACUAGAGGCUUAUAUACACAAAUCUGAAAAGCUUAAUAAACCUGUGUAUAUCUGUUGUAUCCUUUUCACCCCUCUCAUGUGGGUGGCAAACACUGCCAAUAUUUUAAUUAAAUUCAUGAUAUAGAAACAUGUGGCAUUUUAUAUCAUAGUUUAUUCUUAAGAAAUAUAUCUGUUCCAUUUCUGUUUAAGAAAAAAAUGUCAACAAUGUCUUUAUUUAUUGGAAAAUUGCUUGAAAUGGAUGGGUGGUGUAUGGUAUUGGUGCUGUUGUUGAUGUUGGAAGCACAAAUUGGAUUGCAUUCCAUUGCUCUGACAUGUAGUCUGAGUUGAUAAAGAUGGUCCAAAUCACACUAUUGUUUUCUCAACACCAAUUAAGAAUUGUCAAAUUAAUCUUGUUUUUAUUCUGGUGCUGUGCUGAUGUUAAAGACUAGCCAAACACCUACACUGAAAGGUCAACACCAUGUGGACUCAAAAUCAUCUAUUUGGUGCAGUAAUGAUUAACAAACCUUUCUUCCAUCUCUGAAUUAUAUGUUUAUGUUGAAGAUAAUUUUGAUGACAUUACAUUUCUCUGAUAUUUUUUUCCCGUCCAAAAUAUUCAUUACUACUGGUUAAGAGUCUUACUCUUUACUGUUAUUUCAAAUCACCUUGAUAAUGGAUGUGUACUUUCUUAAUGAUGGAAACAAACUGGCUUCUUUGAACUCUUCCAAAUAUGAUUCUGUCCAAGUUUUCAUUAAGACUUUCUACUUUCAGGUAAAAACAAUUGAACGAUGAGUAUGAUCAUAUCUACUAUUAUAUCUAUAUUGUGAUUAAAUAUACACCUUUGUGUAUUUCA